AUGAUGGCCCCAGUGCUCAUGGAGUCAGCCCUUCGGGGCACUCCGGGCCAUGUUGUCCUCCCUUUUUCCAGCCGUGUCGUUGAUCACUCCCACAUCGAUAUGGCUGCAAAGAUCAUUGAGGUCAUCUACCGAUAUCAGCGAAGAGGCGACAUCACUGAAGGCAUGCAGUCGGACAUUGGCCUCCUUGCUGGCCUAACGCAGAUCUACAGCCAUGUGAAAGCGAGCAGACCUGUCAAGAUGGCUUUGCCAGCUUUUCCCUUCAAGUCUCCCAACACUAGCAUCAAGGUCCUUGGUCGCUUGCCGGAUAAAGCCGAAGAAUUUGCGCUUGCCCAUCUGAACGGCCUUUGUGCCGCUAUUCAAGACGUUUACAGUCCUGGAGCAGAGCUCACCAUUAUUUCUGACGGGAUCGUAUAUAACGAUCUACUCAGCAUUUCAGACUCUGAUGUCUGGGCAUAUGGACAAGCCCUCCGGGAGCUUGCGAGAAACAAACGCUUCAAUCACAUUAAAUUUUCUCGGCUUGCUGACCUUAUUCCCUUAGCGGCGCCUGAGGCCUUGGACGAGGUGUCGUAUGUUGCCAAUGCGACUAACUUCCGGGUUGCUCUCAUGAACAACUUUGGUAGCAAAGAUUGGGAUGUUUCUAACAAAAUAGCUGAAGAUGAGGAUGUCCGCCUGACAUAUCGUGGAUAUCGCGAGUUCCUGCUUACCGACCUUGCUGAAAAAUACCCCAUUUCAGAUAGAUUUUCCAAGUCCAAUUUCGAGAAGGGCACGGAGAGCAUCGCCAAACAGAUGCUCAUCCGAGGCCAGGCAUUCGCCCGCGCCAUCCGCGAGAAGUUUGUCAACCACCUGCGCCUGUCUAUCCACACGUCUACCGGCCAAAACAAGGUCUCAAUUGGAAUUCUACCUACGGACACCAGCUACGCGACACCGUGGCACUGCGCUAUCGCAGUCAGGCUCGAUGGUACUGUAACCAGCGGUCAUGCCCAAACCUUCCGGGACGACCCUGCCUGGGAGCUGGUGUACGAGGAUGCCAGACCCUCGUACUUUAGGGAGAAGAGUGAUCUUUACACUUGGGGCUCAGGGCCCAUCACGGUCACUCCGCUGUAUCCCUGCGGUGUCAUGAUCACACCCACCGAGGGAGCUGGAAUGCUCUCCAUGCGGGACAUUGACCCUCAGAAGGUCCGGGCCCUGUCUGAGAUCAAUUCCCCCGUUGUCCUCCGAGGCUUUGAUGGCACCAGGGAGCGCGAGAGAUUUAUCGAGAAGGCCUCGGAGUUUGGCACACCGCUGCCAUGGAAGUUCGGGAUCCUGCUUGAGGUCAAGGAUCGUGGUGCUGACACCCGCGGGCUUAACAACGUUCUGUCAGCGGAAUGGAUGCCAUUCCAUUUUGACGGCCUUUUCAAAACUGAAGAGAAGACUAAGGAGGAUGGUACGAUCUAUAAGGUUCCCAACCCCCCUCGAUUCCAGCUUUUCACGGCCGUCACGCCGUCGCCGUCUGACACCGGAUUCACGCUCUUCUCGACAUCUACCUUUGUCUUUAAGCACCUGCCCGACCAUCUCCCCCUCGAGACGUUGAGGAACCUCACGUGGUCGGUGUCGACAUCGUCCUUCGACAGCACCAAGCUGCACGGUCUCCCGCUGGUGGUCGACCACCCCACAACCGGCAAACCUUGCCUGCGGUACCACGAACCCUGGCCAGAGGGCAAGACGAGCUUCGAGGCCACCAACAUCUCGAUCGACGGGCUGACGCCGGAGCUGUCAGACACCGUGUGCAGCCAGCUCGACAGCCUGCUGCACGACCGGCGGGUGGUGUACUACCACACGUGGCAGAGAGGGGACAUGCUGGUUAGCGACAACGUGUUGACGAUGCACACCCGCAGCGACUUCCAGGGCGGCGCCGACAGGGAGCUGUGGAGAAUCCAUUUUGAUUGA